CUGUCCCCGGAACAGGAUUGCACCACGACCUGGGAGCUCAAACUGAUUGGCUAUGCGGUUUCCAACCAGGCGUCCGUGAAGAUUCGCGAUCUGGAUGAGGCUGGAAUGAUCAUCGACCAAGUCACCGAAGCAGCAGGCGACCUGGUCAGGGUGAACGGCAUCAGCUUCACUAUUGAGGAUCCCGAGGGACUCAGGGAGGAGUCCAGGGCCAAGGCCAUAGCGGCGAUGCAGGAGAAGGCGGAAACCAUGGCCGACCUGGCCGGUGUAACGCUCGGAAGACUGGUCAACCUUGAGGAGGCCACGGACUUCUAUUCUCCCCAGCCGUUGUACGCCAGGGCAGCCAUGGCAUCCGCGGAGUCGGCAGCUGACACGUCAAUUGCCGCUGGCGAGAUUGAGAUUACGACCACAGUCAAUGGUGUUUAUCUCAUCGCUCCCUCGGAGGGCCCGUAG